CAUGGGUGAUGUGUCGCGACACCGGAAGUGGAAGGCGGCUCCUUCUCUUGAUUCUCACCGCGACUCUUCGGCCUCAACCCGAGCAUCCGUCCGACGCCAUUUUGAUGAAACAGCGACGAGAAGGGGAACAUCGACGUCCCGCGUGACGCUGUUGGGGAUUUUUGCGUCGAUAAAAUCCAUCGAGGACUCAUCUUUGACACCGAGGAACACGACUGACGGACCCGAAGAGGAAGCAUCUCCCGCUUUGGGUUCGACCGGUGACGGCGGUAGUUAGUUAGCUUAGCACGUUAGCUUUUGGCGCAUGUCGGGGCUAACCGUGUAGCGGGCUAAUGUCGGUGUGUUACUUUCGCCUCAUUUGUCGUUUCCUUGGCCAUUCCUUUUUAGCCUAAACGCUGUGGACUCGUUUUCGACUGCCUUCUGCGCCGUUCGGUGGACUUUUUUCGGACGUUUUAACGCAAAACCUACGGACUACUGCGGCUGCUACUGCUAGCUUCUUUUAGCGAGUCGGCGGCCUCGCUUUCCCCCCUCAAGGACUUGCUCAUGGCGGCCUUUUUUUGAACGCCACUUUAGUUUAAAGAAGUACUCUUCUCGUAUUUCACUCGGACUCUGGUCGCACCCCGCUGCGGGGUUCACUGGACUUUGAGGACUGACAAAAAGGCUCAUGGCGCCGUCGACUGGCGCGCCGGCCUUUAAUGUCGACGUCUUUGGUUGGGAUUGACAAGGACUUUUCCCCGUCACUCGCCCUAAAUUUUAACCAAGCCCUUUAAUUUGUCCAGUGUUGCAGCCCAUUUUCAGCUUUUACGUAUUAAAAGUGACCAGGUUUUGGCCUCCUGUGUUGAGUGUUGACGCUGUUUUAUUUCGUGACCCAAGCCUGUCUCUCCUCCUCCCUCCUCCUCCUCCUCUCUUGUACCUUAUCUAAGUGCUUCUAGGCCUGUUCAAAACAAAACGACAAAAACAUGUCGUGUGUUCACUACAAGUUCUCCUCCAAACUGGACUACAACACGGUCACGUUCGAUGGGCUCCACAUCACCCUCAGUGAGCUCAAGCGGCAGAUCAUGUCCAGGGAGCGCCUCAAGGCCACAGACUGCGACCUGCAGAUCACCAACGCGCAAACUCGGGAAGAAUACACGGACGAUGAAGUCCACAUCCCCAAACACUCGUCUGUGAUUGUCCGACGGACUCCCAUCGGCGGAGUCAAACCCGCUGGCAGGACGUUCAUUGUAGAUCGUUCUGACACUUCUGUGGUGGGAUCGUCGAGACCCACCGACUCCUCUCCUUCUAUGUCUCUCGCCCAACUCACCAAGACCGCUAAUCUGGUUGACGCAAAUGCAUCCGAGGUGGACAAGAUUAAAGCUAUGAUCUCCCAGUCAAACCACGACUAUGACCCCAUUCAUUACUCCAAAAAAGCGAUCGGACCGCCACCUGCUAACUACACCUGUUACCGUUGCGGAAAGACUGGCCACUACAUUCGCCAAUGCCCCAUGCUGUUGAUCCAAGAUAAGAGCGUGGAAGGUCCCAAACCAGUGAGAACGAGUAAGGGGAUUCCUCAGAGCUUCAUGGUGAAAGCAGAGCCUGGCACCAAAGGAGCCAUGUUGACCAGCACCGGUGAAUACGCCAUACCGGCCAUAGAUGCAGAGGCGUACGCUCAAGGGAAGAAGGAGCGUCCGCCGUUUGUCCCACAUGAUCAGUCUUCCUCUGAGGACGAUUCCGACCCCAUCCCUGAUGAGCUUCUGUGUCCCAUCUGUAAUGACCUGAUGACGGACGCUGUGGUUAUUCCUUGCUGCGGAAAUAGCUACUGCGAUGAGUGUAUCCGGACUACCUUGCUGGACUCUGAGGAGCACAUUUGCUACACAUGCAAACAGUCCGAUGUUUCCCCCGACAAUCUCAUAGCCAACAAGUUCCUUCGACAGGCUGUGAACAACUUUAAAAAUGAGACCGGCUAUGCAAAACAUGGGCGUAAACUGGUCCAUCCUUCGGUGCCCCCUCCCCCACGGCUUCACCUAAGCAGGCCUCUCCAGUCCAGACAGCAGGACCCUCUGAUGGCCAACAUCUCCCAGCCUCCUGCUGUUUUCAGUGGGACCCCUAUAGUGACCCCUGCCCCCCAAGUUCAAGCCCCGCCUGUCUUGCCUGUUCCUGCUGCGCUCACCGCCACCUCCACAACCACCUCCACUCCGACUCCCACUCCUCCACCUUCCCCUCCCCUUCCUCAUACUGACGUCGCUGAAGAAGGACAAGAUGCCUCACCGGCUCCUGCACCUAAUGUGGACCAUGAUUCUCCUCGGGUCUCCACCGGCCAAGGAGAGCCGCCCCCACCCGAGGAGAUAGACCCCGUCAUUGUAAUGCCGAGCUCGUCUAAACCGUCAGACCGAGACAGACAGAGUUACCAUAUGAAGUUUGAGCCGCCACCUUCUUCAAGGCCUCAUCAUCAUCUACCAAGCCAGCAUUCUCGACCGCCUCAACCCCACAGAGGAGGCAGACACUGGGAAAGGUCCUACAGAAACCGAGGCGACCCGCCUUCUACUCACCACCAGACAAUUCCACCUCCUUUACCUGCUCCUCCCAUUUAUGUGGCCCCAUCGCUAUACCCACCCCCGCCGCAGCCCUACCCUCCCUUGUACCCAUCUGGCCCCGGUCUCCUCCCUCCUCCUACGAUGGGUUACCAGCCUCAGCCCAUGUAUCCCCCUGGACCCCCAGGGGUCAACCCUCCCUGGGGGCCCCCCGGUGGUCAACCUCCUCUUUUUCCCCUGCCCCCGUCCCUCAAUCUCAAUCCACCCCCUCUCUCAAAGGAGGACUUCUACAAGCAGCGACAUCACCGACAAGAGAAUAUUACAUCUAAACUGGAUGAAUUCACAAAAGACUUUCACAAAGAGCUUAUGAAGUAUCGAAAUACAUCAAAGAGGCAGAGACCUUCGUACUCCAGGUCCAGAUCGUAUAGCCGCUCUCCGUUCAGCCGCUCUUACUCUCGAUCGAGAUCCAGGUCAAGGUCGAGGUCUUACUCUUACACCCCGAGUCGAUCGCGAUCCCGUUCACGCUCCCACGGACGGCCAUAUCCCCGUUCUCCAUAUUCCCGUCGAAAUGGACGCACUUAUGCACGCUCACGAUCAAGGUCUAAUUCCCGGCCAAGGUCUUACGGGUACAGGAGGUCAGGUUCGCCGCGAACGCCGCCUGCCUCCUUCCGCGGCGGAGGCUGGGAGGGGCCCGAAGGGCCCGCGCCAUUCAGAUCCAGGUCACGUUCUCGCUCACCUGGUGCGUUCCGAAACCGAAGUCCUGGUAUACGAAAGCCACCACCACGGGAGUUGCCGCCGUCUGAGCUGAAGGGACUAAGCCCUAAUAGUCAUGAGCGCUGGGAGCGGGACCGCUAUCGGCAGUGGGAGAGGGAGUACAGAGAAUGGUACAACAAGUAUUACAAAGACUAUGAGAGUCAGCAUCAGGCAAUGCAUCACAGAGGCCGUGGCAGCAGGGAAAGGGAAAGGGAACGGGACAGAGUGUCCCCCCUGCACAGGGAAUACUCUCCACAAGGAAGAGGGAGGAGAGGUCGAGAUGAGAAACCAGCACCAUCUCACAAUCCUCCAUCAUCCUCAACGGGCACAAAGACCAGCACCAAAGUCCUCAAGACUAAGAAGGUCAAAAAGAAAAGAGCUGGGGAGGACUCUGAACAAUCGCAGCAGUCCAUGGAUCGAGGCGAUGCUACGCCGGUCAGAGAUGAACCUAUGGACGAAAUAUUGUCUCCGAGUAAAAUGGCUCAGGUGUCUUCAAAGCCACCGUCUGCCACCGCUACCUCUAAGGCUCCAGCCUCUAAAAUAUCCACUGCAUCUGUAAAAACCGCGGUCAAGUCAACAUCCAAGACUGACAAGCCCAAGAAAGAGAAGGCUCAAAAGGUAAAACCCAAAGUCAAAGCGGAGGCUUCUAAAGCCAAAAGCGACAAGGUGAGGAAAAAGACUGAAAGUGCAGUCACCAAGAAGAAAGAUCCACCUCCUGCGGCUAAAACAUCAAAGACCACCAAAGCCAGACCUGAAGAUGGCCACAACACAACUGCUCCUAAAAAGGAAAAGGUUAAAAGCUCAUCUAUGAGACCUACCCUGCAAAAGACAACCCAGCUCUUCUCCCAAGGCGCACUUCUGCCACACCCGUCUCUCCAUGAGAGCUUCCGACCUGGCAACGAUAAUAGAGGACGAAGAGACCUCCAACAUGGUGGCGGCCUCCUUCCCCUACCCCAUCAAGGACUCUCGUACCUCCACCAACCUCCCUCACCGCUCGACAACAGGCGGAGGUUGGGAGAAGAGGGACGUUCUUUACUUGGUUCUCCGCCUGGAAAACUGAGAAGAUUAGAUGGGCUUGGGAUUGCAGUCGAUGUCUUCUCACACCCACAUGCUGCUCACCAGCCACCACAGCAGAGACUUUCACACCCAUCUGACAGGCCUGGUCUUCUUCCCCUUAAUGUGGGCCGCGAGAUGAUUUGGGCAGACAAGGAUCGAGGACUUAUCAGACCACUCAUGGAGUUACCGUUCAAGCCUGUGAGCCAGAGAAGCAUCCCUCUGAACAGAGAUCCUGGAAAACGAGGCAACCCUGAGACCUCAUCUUCUGGUGCUGAGAAGACCACAAACAACCUGGAUGCCGACAGACCCAGCAGUUCUUCGGAAAGUGACGUCAAAAAGGAACCAUCUGCUUCUUCUGACAGAGGAAUUUCUAGAGAUAAAGCUGGGGAGAAGUUUUCUGUCACUGACAAAGACACUGACCGGAACUCAGGAGUGGACCGAGAGAGGGACAGUACUUCCAAGGGAGACAGAGACCGAGACAGAGCUUCAGGUUCAGAUCGAGGUCGAGGAGAAAAAGCAUCUAGGUCUGACAGAGAUCAAGAAAAAAGUACAGAUCGAGGUCGGGAAAGAGCCUCAGGAUUCGACCGAGAUCGGGAAAAGGUUUCGGGAGCUGACAGAGAUCGUGAAAGGACUUCAGGUUUGGAUCGAGACAAGACUUCAACUUCCGACCGAGAUCGAGACAAGGGUUCAGACCGGGAUCGAGAAAAGACACUGGGUUCGGAUCGAGAUCGGGAUAAGGGUUCAGACCGAGAUCGGGAAAAGAUUUCUGGGUCAGAUCGAGAUCGGGAAAAGACUUCUGGGGCAGAUCGAGAUCGAGAAAAGACUUCUGGGUCAGAUCGAGAUCGGGAAAAGACUUCUGGGUCAGAUCGAGAUCGUGAAAAGACUUCAAGCUCAGACCGAAAUAGAACUGUGGGUUCUGAUAAAGAGCGUGACAGAGUCUCAGGCUCAGCCUCACAGAAGGUUUCGGUCUCUGCAGGAAAAGAAGCUGAAGCUAGCGAUAAAUCGCACAAGAUUGAACGCAAGAACUCUGGUGGAAGUGGAUCUGGAAGAUCCGUUUGCCUUGAUAAAAUGACAAUUGGAGAAAAAUCUGCCAUCAGCAAGAAGCAAGAGAGGCCUAGCAGUUCCUCCAAGGAGCGAGAAGCCACGGAGAAAGUACCAAAAUCUGAUCGGACUGUUUCCAAAGAGAGAGCAGAGAAGAGCAUGUCCUCUUUAAAGAAACCAGAUACUGCUCCCAAAGGGAAAGAGGGUGAGGCCACAACUGUGAGGACCAAGCUUAAAAUCAGUCGCAAGGUUUUAUCGAGCCUGUCUGCGAACUCUGCCAGGUUAACUCAAGACACAAAACACGUCGGUGAGAUAGAGGAGAAGAGCGACUCUCCCGCCAAUCCAGAGCAGCCCCCACCAAGCACGGAGAACAACCACGACCCCAGUCCGAAAAAUGUUGUGCAAACCGGCCCGCUCGGAGAGGAGCUGCUCAUCCAGGCGCCUCCUCGCUCCAAGUGGGAAAGGGAAGACGACGAGGAGGAGGAGGCGGUGACGCAGGAGGAGGAUGCCGGCGUACCCAAGGAACCUUCGCCUGUUCCUCAGAAGAGUCAGGCCAAAGAGGGACAGAUGGAAGCGCCCAAAGCUGUCAAAAGUGAAGCUCACGAGGUCACCCGAGACGAGAAGAAAGGGUUGGCCAAAGAAGAGAAGAAGAGGGCGCCAAAGGAGGAUGGCAAAGGCAGCAAGCUGGCCUCCACUUCUGUUAAACCCACCAAAGUGAAAAUUAUUCGAGAGGACCGGAAGGGAGGCAAAACAGAAAGGAGCUCGGCUAUAAAAGAGGAUGGAAGAGGACGAGCAGGACGGGAGGACGUGAAGGGGGGUGCAGGGAAGGACGAGAGGACUGCGUCCACAAAGGAGGAGAGGAGCAGGUCCUCCAAGGACGAGAAGAACGGUGGACGGGAAGAAAAUCGAGGCCCAGAGACUAAGAGACAGCGCCUGGGCUCCGACCUAACCCGCGAGACCGACGAGGCCGCCUUCAUCCCCGACUACAGCGAGGGAGAGGAGGGCUCCGACUCUGACGAGGACGGGAGCACCCCCCCCUCCGCCAGCCAGCACUCCAACAGCGCAGAGCGGGAAAACCACAGCGACUCUGCCAGUGUGUCGACUGGCGCGGCUGCAGACAAGAAGCAGAAGAAGAAACACAAGAAGCACAAAAAACAGAAGAAGCACAAGAAGCACAAAGUGCAGGAGAAGGAGGGCGAGCACAAGAAGCACAAAAGCAAACAUAAGAAGAAGAAACACAAAAAGAGUAAAGACAAAGUCGCUGAGGAAGCCAAAGUGGACAAAGCUCCGGACGAGGACGAGGCGGCGCCGUGUUAACAUCCUGUGGAUUUCUUUGUCCGCCUCCUAAAAAGCUCAUGCACUGACUUCUUCUUGGACUUUGUGAAGAUCUGUGGGUGGAAAACCUUCACGCUGCUUUGUGCCAGCAGUCCACGUGAUGGAGGACACCAGGACUAACUCAGGGAUGUGCAGAACCAAGGAUCCAUUUGUCGCCCCUGAGGAACCUCCUUCACCUCCGUGUGUAAUAUGUGUCAAUGUACAUUUGUCGUCAUUGUUCCGUUACAUGAAUUUAGUUUGCAACUUACAGGACGGUUCAAAGAUCACAACGUGCUCGCUACAACCGCUUAAUGUGAACUGUAACGGUCGGCCAUCGUCUCCAUGAUUGGGACUUUAAUUCAAGAGGUUACGUUGUUUAUUUUUUCUUCGUCGGGUUGUCAGUAGUCUUGCACUCAGUCCGACAUGCGUGUGAUUUCUAGACAAGCUUUAUGUUCCUGCUUUGAUGCGACACUGGAUUCCAACACCGACCGUGUUGAGGCGAAGUGUCGCCACUCGUCUGUCCCUUGCUCUCUGUGAGCGAGUGGAAGAUUGUUCUUCCUGAUGAGUCCUUUUUUUUUAAUUAAAAUGUAUUGACCUCA